AUCAUUUCCAAAUUCUAAAGCAAAUCUCUCAUUAAAAUCAACACCCAAUUUCUCAUCCCCUUCAAUCGGAAUGAAGACAACAUACAGACCACCAUUCACUGCUGUUCUUUAUUAUAUGCUGAUCAUUUCCAUUGCAGCAAUGGUGGCUGCCGUCGUCUCCUCCGUCGCCGGUUUUGAGUUCAAAGUCGGCGACGAGAUGGGUUGGCAACUUCCUCCGCCCAAGAACUCUGAAUUCUACGAGUAUUGGGCCUCCGUUAACCGAUUUCAAAUCGGAGAUUUUCUCUCUUUUGAAUACAAGAAUGAUUCAGUUCUAAUGGUUGAAAAGUGGGAUUAUUAUCACUGCAAUUCAAGCAACCCAAUUUUGGGUUUCAAUAACGGGAAAGGCGUUAUAAAGCUGAACAGGGCUGGCCCUUUUUACUUCAUCAGUGGCUUUCCCGAUCACUGCAAAAACGGCCAACGUCUCCUCGUCCAAGUCAUGUCACCGCAUGAUCUCAUUGUCGCCGCUCCGCCACAAUCUAAUGCUGACGAUGCUCCUUCGCCGUUAUCCACCAAUGCCGGAGCUUCUCUUCCGAUCACCGCCCCGGUGGUGAUCAUCUUUCCCAUGGCUGCCGUUGUUGGGAUGUUGCUGAUCUCUAAUCCUCUUAAUUAAUUAGCCAAAUUGUUUGUGUUGUUUGGUUUUGUUGAUGCUGUUUCAUUGCUUAUUAGUUGGAUUUAUUUUGUUUUUGUUAUUCUUGGUAAUUGGUAUGCCUUUUUCAUUC